CGGUUCCGGCUCCCACAAUGCCUCUGCUCCUCUCGCGCUUGACCCAUCUUGUCAAAAUGGCGUUGUCCGUAGUGGGCGACUGGAGUUAGUUCGUGUUAUUUACAGGUAUUUACUGAAUUACAGAGCCGCGAUCGCUCCCACAGAAUGGCGACCCUGGACCAGAAGUCUCCCAACGUGCUCCUCCAGAGCCUCUGCUGCAGGAUCACGGGGAAAAGCGAAGCUGAAGUCGCCCACCAGUUCCAAUACGCAGUGCGAGUCAUUGGCAGUAACUACGCCCCCACUAUCGAGCGAGAUGAGUUCCUGGUUUCGGAGAAGAUCAAGAAAGAGCUGUUGAAGCAGAGGAGAGAAGCCGACGCCGCUCUGUUCUCAGAGCUGCACAGGAAACUCCAGACGCAGAGUGUCCUGAAACAUCGCUGGUCCGUCCUCUACCUGCUGCUCAGCCUCUCUGAAGACCCCCGCAAACCGUCCGGCAGGGUUGGAAACUAUGGCGCCCUCUUCGCUCAGGCUCUCCCCCGAGACGCCCACUCCACCCCGUUCUACUGCACCCGUCCUCAGAGCCUCGCUCUGGGCUACAGUGACAGAACCGCCGCUCUGUCGGGCAGCGUGGGCACCAGCGGCAUCUCCAGCCUGGGCGUGUACACACUGAACGGACCCACGGCCACGCCGCAGUCCCUCCUGGCUGGUCAACCUCAGUCUGCAGCAGCCGGCGCUCAGCCUCUGGGAUCUCGCUUGGCCUGGACUCUUCCCGUCAGUUGCUCCCCGUCCUCGGCUCUGGCUCUUCCCGCCACUCGACUGCCGCUUGGAGCCGCAGGGCCCGCCAGCAGAGCGCUCCAACCUCGCAGAGACGGAGAGGUGAGCGAGGCGGCGCUGGUGCGGGACAUCCUCUACGUCUUCCAGGGAAUCGAUGGCAAGUUCAUCAAGAUGAGCGCCCCGGAGAACUGCUACAAAAUAGACGGCAAGGUGGUGCUGUGCAAGUCCCUCAGAGACACCAGCAGCCGCCUGGCCGAGCUCGGCUGGCUCCACAACAAAGUCAGGAAGUACACGGACGCCCGGAGCCUGGACCGGGCCUUUGGACUGGUGGGACAGAGCUUCUGCGCCUCUCUGCACCAGGAGCUGAAGGAGUACUACAGGCUGCUGUCUGUGCUGCACUCACAGCUGCAGGUGGAGGACGAGCAGGGGGUCACAGUGUGCUCAGAGGGCAAUCUAACCCUCAGGCGGCUCCUUGUCUGGACGUACGACCCCAAAGUUCGACUCAAAACGCUGGCCGCCCUCGUCGACUACUGCCAAGGUCGUAAAGGAGGCGAGCUGGCCUCGGCCGUGCACUCGUACGGGAAGACGGGAGACCCUCAGAUGAGAGCGCUGGUGCAGCACAUCCUCAGCCUGGUGUCGAACCCCAUCCUCAACUUCCUGUACCGGUGGAUCUACGACGGAGAGCUGGAGGACACCUACCACGAGUUCUUUGUAGCAUCAGACCCCAACGUGAAGACAGACCGCCUGUGGCACGACAAGUACUCCCUCAGGAAGUCCAUGAUCCCCACCUUCAUCACCAUGGACCAGGCCCGCAAGGUCCUGCUGAUCGGUAAAUCCAUCAACUUCCUGCAUCAGGUCUGCCACGACAGAACGCCGCCGGGAAAAAUCACGGCGGCGGCGUCCAAAUCUGCAGACACGACCAAAGAUGCUGCAGAGCUGCUGUCCGACCUGGAGGGGGCGUUCCAGGAGAAGAUCGACGCCGCUUACUUCGACACCAGCAAAUACCUGCUGGACGUCCUCAACCGCAACUACCUGCUGCUGGAGCACCUGCAGGCCAUGAGGAGAUACCUGCUGCUGGGCCAGGGGGACUUCAUCAGACAUCUCAUGGACCUGCUCAAGCCAGAGCUGGUGCGUCCUGCUACGACUUUGUACCAACACAACCUGACGGGGAUCUUAGAGACGGCGGUGAGAGCCACGAACGCUCAGUAUGACAACGCAGAGAUCCUGAAGAGGCUGGAUGUCCGCCUCCUCGAGGUGUCUCCAGGUGAUACCGGCUGGGACGUGUUCAGUCUGGACUACCACGUGGACGGACCCAUCGCCACGGUGUUUACAAGGGAGUGCAUGGGUCAUUACCUGCGUGUGUUCAACUUCCUGUGGAGGGCAAAGAGAAUGGAGUACACGCUGACCGACAUCUGGAAGGGACAGAUGUGUAACGCCAAGCUGCUCAAGACGAUGCCUGAGCUGUCCAGCGUCCUGCAUCAGUGUCACAUCCUGGCCUCAGAGAUGGUCCACUUCAUCCAUCAGAUGCAGUACUACAUCACCUUUGAGGUGCUGGAGUGCUCCUGGGACGAGCUGUGGAACAAAGUGCAGCAGGCUCAGGACCUCGACCACAUCAUCGCUGCUCAUGAAGUCUUCCUGGACACCAUCAUCUCCAGAUGUCUGCUGGACAACAACAGCAGGUCCCUCCUGAACCAGCUGAGAGCCAUCUUUGAUCAGAUCAUCGCGUUCCAGAGCGCCCAGGACUCGCUCUACCGCUCAGCUCUGGAGGAGCUCGCCCUCAGGCUGCAGUUUGAGGAGAAGAAGAAACAAAGAGAGGAGGAGGGCGAGUGGGGCGUCACCGCCGAGCAGGAAGCCGAGGAGAAGAAGAGGAUCCAGGAGUUCCAGGAGAUCGUCCCAAAGAUGCGCUCUCAGCUCCGCAUCCUCACCCACUGCUACCAGAGCAUCGUGCAGCAGUUCCUGGUGCUGCUGAUGACCAGCACGGAUGAGAGUCUGCGCUUCCUCAGCUUCAGGCUGGACUUCAAUGAACACUACAGGGCCAGAGAGCCGAGGCUGCGGGCUUCUCUGGGCACCACCAGAGGGCGACGACUGUCAAACAUCUGACGUGCCGGCUGUAGCAUCGACAGGACGAGGAUCUCACUCAUUGGAGCGCGGGGUAUGACAUCACAGAGGAAGGCCGGCUUGCAGACUUCCUGCUCUACGAUGAUGUCAUGCCUCAGAGGAGCGAUCUCACGGCGCUCGCAGCAGAAUUAAUCUUUCGACAUGGACUCUGAGAGAACUCUGCAGACGUGAGGAGAGAAUAAAAGCUGCUCACACAGCGCCACGUCACAUGGCAUGCCUUAUCCCGAGACAAACACAUGCUCAGCGUGGUCGCCAAAUCUAGUCCUGACCGUAGACUGCACACGAGAGGUGGACAUAGCCUCUGAGAUACCAGUGACUUAAUUUAAGCCUCCAGUUCAGCUUCCUGUCUGGUGUUUAUUUAGGUGUGUCUUUAAGUUCAACAAAACUCUUCACACAACACUUUUCAGGAAGCUGUAGCACCAAUUAACCAAUCACGCGUAGCCAUGCCUUGAUUUAUCGCCUAUCUGACUCCCUAUUGGAUCAUAGUCUGCAAAUAAACAUCAUAAAAAUGAGUGUUUGAGACUUUUGAAGCAGGAAGUCUCAGAAAACAUCUGUAGCUCUCUUCUCAGAGUCUUUUAGUCAGAUUUAACCUUUCACGAGACACAUACAGGGUUGAACUUGUAGCCCCGCCCUCAAUCUUUCCUCUCCGUGUGGUCCAUGUGACUUUAAACAUGACUUAAAGUUAUGAUUUUAACAUCAAGAUGACUUUAAAGUAAGGAUUUAGAGCACAAAGGAGUCGCCCCCUGCAGGUUUAAGACGCUGCGUCCACUUUUUGUGCAGUGUACGGUUCAGAAACAUCAAAUGUAUGUAAAUAGAGUUUAUGCAAAAAGUGUGUGUGUUUGCAUCUGUACACAUCGACACGUGUGGCUUUGCAUCGUAUUGCGAUGGUUCAACCGAUGAGUGAUGUUUUUUUUGUUUUUGUAGCGUUGAAUAAAAAGUUAAACUUGAAGCAGAAAGCAGAAACCGACCGGAGUCUUGACGUAAACGUGAAUAUCGCUCCUCGCUCUCCUCCUUUGAAGUGCAGGGUGUUAUAGCGUCAGGUCAGCUGUCCAAUCACAAUCACACACGCAGACAAUUCAGCUUCCAGAGACGUGAACUUCUCUCAUGCAGACGGAGGCGCUCCCUCGUUCUCGUUCAUUCGGAUCAGAGUGUUUUGUUGACAUCUAACAGGAUCAUUUCAUAUCUUAAGUGUCUGACAAAGUCGCAGAGAAAAGAAUCAGCUGUUGCAUCGCUCUCUUUAAAUCCACCAGACUCCUCGGGUGCUGGAGAAGCCACCCUUGAUCAGUUAGCUUGUUUUUGUUAUUAUGAGACUCUGCUGAUUUAGACGGGGGAUUAUAAUCCUGCAAAAGACUGACAACUUCUGUGUUCUGCACGGUUCAAUCGCUGCUUUGUUGCCUUCGAAGAGGCGAUGCAACAUCUGUUUCUGUUUUAGAAAUACAGAUCUUAAAGCUCCAUCUCUGCAGGGAGACACGCGUCAGACUCUUAAUCAGAAAGCACACCAUGUCCGGAUGAGAAGAAGAAUCCCCCUCGUGCUUCUAUGUCUGCAUGAGAGAAAGAUCACAUCGUAGAAACAAUCCUCGCAACAACCACGACAACCUCACAGCAUAAACAGGAACCAUGAAUAUUCAGAUGUGUCUUUAUAAAUUGUAAAUAUUCCUACGUGUUCAGAGAAUGUAACAUAACAUAUAUUCACUCUGGUGGUUAAAGAGCGAGGCGGAGAGGUUAAAUCGAGUCUCAAACGAUGCAAUCAGUGGGAGUCUCCCCCUGCUGGCCGUUAAAGGGAAUGCAUCUACACACAAUCCUUUACGCAGACCUUCAGAUUUCAGCUGUUCUUCCUCUCAGAUAAUCUUUGAAUCUUUGCUGCUGCAGUCAGACAUUCAUAUUUGCUGGAUUCUGUCGGCGUUGACGAUCUGAAAGCUUCUGUGUUAGCAUCGAUCUUACCUUGACAGAGCGCUGAUCCCGGGGCGGGGAGCACGUGUUUCUGAAAGCAGAAAAAUCAAACAAACGUCACACAUUGGUCAGAAUCAUCAGCAUUUCCUGAGACAUGAAUCUUAAUGGUGGAGUUUCAGGAGCAGAUAUCUUUGAUUUAAUCCAUGAAACAAACUGGUGCUGGAUUUGGUCACAUGACCUGCUGUCUGAUAAUUACCCCCCUCAUGAACUCCAGUGACAUAAAGUGAAACUAAACCUGGCUCUGCCCUCCUCCUGUGUCCGUCUGUCCUCCACGUUGUAUAGCACAUAAUGUACAGAAUCCAGGGGAAACCAACCAUCCUGCUUCUUCUUUAAUAAUAAAAUGUUUUUUAUAUUA